UAUUUUAUGCUUUUGGAUCCUUUCAGCAGUAAUAACAACAAAUUGGACUGUGAAACACAACUAAUAGGUAUGUGAGACAUUUUGAGGAGGCAAAAUUUUGAUCACAUGUACUAACCCCCAUACAUAUAUGUGUAGAAUCCUUGCAUAAAGACCAACUCAGCCAAAAUUUCCUCAUGACCAUUCAAUAUGAUGCAGUGUCAGUUUUUUUUGUCAAACUUCUUGUUCAGGCAUAUAUUUUUGCAGGCAGGAGAACAUUGUGAGGGUUCUAUGGUGGUGGAAUGAUUUGGAGUCAAAAUUUUUGAGGAGAACCCCUCAAAAAUAUAUUUGGUAGUGUGUCAACCCAAAUUCUUUUGCUCCAUGCAUAGGGUUUGGUUCAACUCCACCCAGUUUUUGGUCACAUCAGGAGACUGCUGAUGGUGUUUUGUGAUUGAUACCAGAUAAGGAAUCCUACGUACAUACUGUACAUAAAAGUACAGUAUUAUGUCAUAGACACAAUUCACUGCAGUAAAUUCAUUGCAGUACUACUGGUUUGUAACAUACUACUAGUAGAGUACUGCUGCUGAUAUUCUUAGAGAGACAGUAUCAGCAGUAAGCUCAAAAUAACAGUAUUAGUAGUAGUUAUUCUACCCAUAAGUCUGUCAAAUGAGCUCUUUGAUGUGACAACUAUUUAUAUUCUUAUCAAUAAUUCUUAUGCCUGUGCUAUUUUAUAAAAUCAACAAGUACUGAUAUUCCUGGAGAGAUUUUACAAGCAGUAAACUAAUAAUACCAGUAUUAGUGUUACAAUUCUGGCUAGAGACCUAUUUUAAGGUCAAUGAGGGUUUUGUCAAAAAUGGGAGCUAGGUGACUUCAUUUAGCAUCACAUUUCCCCCUGCUGGCUGUAUUAUUUGAUAUUAGUAAUCUUUGAUGUUUGAGAGUACUGAACCCAAUACUGACAAAAUACCAGCAGUAUUGCUGGGAAGGGACCAAAAUCAUUAUGAGGGCCUUAGUAUCUUCUUUGUCAACAAUAUGCACUUUUCUAUUUUUUUAGCUUUACAUAACCCCCAUGGCACCAACAGCUUUACAUAACCCCCAUGGCACCAACAGACAGGCCAGGACGACUGUAUCUUGCUAUGAAGCUUUUCUACUAUGAUAAUGAAGAAGAAAUGAUAUCCUAACAAUGCAAAUACUAGUAAUUGACCAGCAGGAACCAAAUCAAUAUGAGAGCCAUAUCUUUCUCAAAAAUGGGAGGUACAUCAUUAAAUUUGGCAUCACAUUGUAUCCCCCCUUGGUAGUACCACCAAUAAAGAAGAAUGUGUCUUGCUACUACAAAAAACCUCCUCAUCUAUGAUAUGUUUUGAAAAUAUACUACUCUCACAAUGCAAAUACAAGUAAUUGCUGUCCUGGGAACAAAAACACUAUGAGCACCACAGCUUUGCCAAAAAUGAGAGUUAGUAGGUGAUUAUAUGUAGCAUCACAUACCUUCCAUGGCACCAAGGGACGAGGAGAAUAGUAAUUAGGAAUGAAUCUUGUUAUGAAGGACAUCUAUGAUAUUUUGGAAGAAACAAGUUAGUGCAAAACACUAUGAGGGCCACCAUAACUAGUAAGACUACUACAUUUACUAGUAUCACAUACCUCCCAGCAUGGCACCAAUAGGAGCUAGUAGUAGUACUAGAGAGAAAUAUAUCCUGCUUUGUUAUUAUUCAUCUGGUGUUGAACAGGCGGGGACUUGUUACAGGGACAAUCCCAGUACUAUUAGUAUUUGCUCAGCAGAAAGAACCAGACAUAGUAGUGGUACGUAGUAUUACUAGUACCAGCAGUACUAGGCACCAGGAUAUCCAUGAUAACUUCUUCUUAGUAAAAAAAGGAGUUAGAUGACUAUAUUUAGCAUUGCAUACCUGCCUUGGCACCAAUAGACAGGGUUGUAUCUUGCCAUAAACCUAAUAUAUUUAUUCAAUCUGUAAGGGAUCAGCACUAGAACUGUACACAGUAUUCAGUAUUUGUGUCAACAUGGUACUACCAUAGUACUGUAAUAUGGUCUUGUCGUACCAUAUGUACAUACAAACACCCGUGUAUGAUAGUCUGUCCUUUUUCCGCCGUCACGUUUUUUGACACGUUUCUCAAUUUUUUCCUCAUAAGUAACAUGGGAUACGUUUUGAAACGUCAUUUUUGAUAAGCCUUUCUUCAUGACAGUAAAACGUGCUUUGAAGUAUUCUCUUUAUGACACGUAGAUUUCAUGGGCUCUGUCAGCUUGUGCUCAGAAUUCGAAGGGUCCUUCUCGUUGUUGAGAAACAGUGCAUGGAGUUUUCUAGUCGCGCGCGUACCAAAAAAUGGCGUAAUCUUUUCACAUGGCCUGCGGUAUGUAGUGCUACAGUUUUGUUCUUUUUUGUUACCUGAUGGGACGGCAUCGAAAAACCAAUUUUCGAGAACCGAGACACAGACAGCCGAGUGAGACCAGAAGUGUGCUUCGUCCGUGGCCAUGGAGGCAUUGGGCUGUGCCAAUCCGAACGAUGGCGAUGACAGCAAUGGCGCUGUUCUGGGCCCAGCAGACCACCGAGAUCGAGAACCGUCCACGGACCACGCCAACGAAAACACCACGCAAAGCGCUAGCAGCAGUUCUUCUUCUGCUUCUCCCGGCACGUCCCGGGACGCAAGCAUCAAUAGCUUCGACAUCGACAUCGACAACGACAUUGACGAUCGACCUCCGUUCCCGGGGACGAUGGCAGCAUUGGUAGCAGCUCCCAUCGUGUUCACCGAACGCAUCGCCGAGGCCUGCACCAGCAGCAUCCUUCUGGAACAGCUCCUCUUUUUCCUGGCCGGGCUGGGAUCCUCGAUUGGCUACAUUUCCUCUCUCUCGAGCCUGGUGUACUUCAAGCUGCUCUUCGGGCCCGAUUCCUUCGUCUACCUGAACUGUGCAGUCUUUUUUCCCCUCCUGCCCAUCAGCCUGGCGCAGGCGGCCUGGGAUUCGGUCUUUGACGCAAUCUACCAGAGCCGCGUCACCUUUCUGGUGCGCGCCGUGGU